CUGCUUUGCUUGAACCGUAUGGUUCUGUUAAUGUGUGAAGAAAGGGCUGCCGCUUCUACGCAACUCUUGCGCCUGGGAGUACCGCUAGCUCAAACUGUUGUGAACGGAGCUCCUCGUGGCACCGGAAUCAGUUCUAAUUGUAUCUGUUGCUAGUAGAGUGCACCGCCACCGGUACCGCCAGCCGGCAACAGUCGUGCUGUAGUAUAAACUAAAGCUAGAUGUGUUGGUAAAAUGACGGCACGAUUUGGCGUGGCGAAAUAGUAGCGAUAUAUUCGGUAUGCAAUAGGAAGUCAUGCUCUUCGUACAAUGACAAUUUAGUUGGACAUCGGUUGCGUUAGCCCUAUAUGGAAGUUGCAGCGAUAGCAAAAGCAAAAAACAGAGCUCGAUGCUUUGAAGACGAAAGGUGCCACGGAAAAUGCGCUCGUGAAAUAGGAGCGUGAAGGCACCAAAAACGAAAAUGUGCGAUUCUAGCAGGUGCACAGAGUGUGGAUCAUCUGCAAUAAUCGAAGAUCGUCAACAGGGUCACGCAGUAUGUCGAGACUGUGGAGCAGUUGUUGAGAAUAGCUUUAUUGUUUCCGAGGUCCAAUUUGAAGAGACUUCCGGUGGUGGAGUUCGUGCUCUGGGCUCAAUUGUCGGACCUGGCGGAAUCAGCCAGGUGGGCGGAAUCAAUGGUGUGUCUGGAAGGGACGAGCGUCGAAGGUGGCGGCUGGUACGCGCCCGUGACGAAGUCCACCGUAUCUCGUCAGCCGUCAAUUUUACGGAUGAUGCGGUGACCCAUGCGACAAAUUUCUACAGCAUGGCCCUUGACCGUGGGCUAACCAGAGGCAUACAAUGGAUCAAAAGCUUGAGUACUUGCAUAUACAUCGUUGCACGAAUACGAAAUAUGCCGGUGAUGCUACUCGACAUCUCGGAUGCUGCGCAAGUAAAUGUAUGGGAUCUUGGUCAAGUGUACAAUAAGUUUGUUCGCGAACUACAAAUCACAAUUCCAAUCCAGGAUCCAUCAACGUUGAUUAUGCGAUUCGCACAGCAGCUUGAGCUGGGCGAGGUACUGCAUAGGGUGAUAAACACCGCUGUUCGCAUCUGUCAACGAAUGAACAGGGACUGGAUGCACUACGGCCGUCGGCCUGCAGGUCUCUGCGGAGCCGCAUUGCUUGCGGCCUGUCGCUACCACGGAUUCAAUCGAACAUUUGAAGAGUUUGCCGACAUGGUUUGCAUGUCGACGUCGACUCUUAGGCUUCGCCUAAAAGAGUUCGCUGACACAAGUGCGGGCAAAAUGGAGAUGGGUGCAUUUCUUAAGGCGGAUGACAAUGACAUUCCCGAGGAGCUCUUGCCGCCGGUUAGUAAGACACAUAAACGUAUGGAGGAACAGUCCAUUGACGAAGAUCUGCUGGAAGAAACGCGACGGUUCCAAGAAAAAAUGGAGGAACUAAUUGAGUGCCGGCAAAUGGAGGUGGCGAUGCGUUUCGCGAAUUCCGCGAAAGACGACGAAGUUCGGCGGCGCUUUGAGCUUACGGAAGAAGAGAUGGACAUACUCACCGAGCAGAUCUCUGCAUCUGCAGUCGAAACUAUUAUUGAUUCGUGCGGAGAGGAAAUGCCAACUCGAGAAGGUGCCCUUGCCGAGGGUGGGUUGUCCUCAACUGGAGAUCCCGUGCAACGACUCGAGGAUUAUGUAGUGCCUGAACAUCGUGAUGAUGACAGCUUCUCCGACGUUGAUGACGAAGAAAUCAAUGGCUAUUUGUUGAAACCUGAAGAAAUUGUGCGAAAAACAAAAAAAUGGGUCCAGGAGAACCUGCAAUUUCUCAAAAAAGCCCGCGAGAAAGAGCAAAAGAAGAAAGAAGAAGAGGCCCAGAGGAUAAAACAAGGCCGAAAAAAACCCGCACCCCGGAAACGGCGGAAUGACCCCACGAAGCAGCUGCACGAUAUCAUUGAGGCAAAAGCCUCGGGGAAAAUUAAUUAUGAUAUUUUAGCGAAACUCACAAGUGAUUUUGACAGUACGGCUGCCCCUAUAACGAGUAAGCGGAUGCGCGGGCCGACAUUGAAGAAAGAAGAGAGUAAGCGCGAGCUUAAGCAGGAUCUCAAAGAGAUCCACUCGCUUGUUACUGACAUCAAGCAAGAUAUGAAGGUGAAGCAUGACCCGGAACCUCAGGAAGAUUAUGACUUGGAUGAUAUUGAAUCGGAGGACGAUGAAAUCCAGCAGCCAGAUCUGCUAAGCGCAUCCCAAAUGAUGGCCAAAGAGAUGGGCGUUGAUUAUGGCGAUGAUGAAGAAUACUAAUGAAUAGAUAUUAUCUUCACUGAAUGUGUUAAGCCGAUAAGUGUUACUAUAUUAUUAUUAUUGUCAGACGUAAAUCGAUAGGAUAAAAAAAAAAUGGACUUUUUUGAAAUCACCACACAAACGAGAUGCUAUUUCUAUUGGUGGUGCCCCAUGAAAGCGGUUCGUAUUUAUUAUGUUUUCUUGUGUUGGUGCUGAUGUUUGCGGUAGUAGAUAACGAUUUUCCAUUAUGCAGCAAGAGUUGUGCUUGUUAUUCAAAUGCGUGCGCUGGCGUUAUUGGAAAGUCCAUGGCAAAAAAUUAAUGGCAAGAUCUGUAGUCGCUGCUAUCGUAUUCAAUCGUUUAGUGAAGCUUGAAAAGGAGAAAAAAUGAGUCAGUUUGCGAUUGUUUUUAUUACUACAGGAAAUAAGUUACUUCGACACGAUAGCAGCUAACCAAUGGUAAUGUCCUUGAUUGUUAUUCAAACAGAUAAUAGAAUAGAACAGAGGGACUGUGAUUCUACUCAAUCUGUGCCUAUGAGUGAAUGAUAGAUUGGCGUUAUGAUAUGCGAGAAUGUUUGUUCGUCAUAUCCAAUUGGAUUGAAAACGGAUCGAUCGUGGACACUUUAAACGUAUAGGUAAGCGUUCAGUGAUGAUAGCGAUACGUACGGGGUGCUUAACAUAUAAGUAAGGACUGCCACUGCAGUAAUUCAAACGAAGGCGAGAGUUAAAGGUCUGAUACUCAAACUUGCACGCAGCCAAGCAGCGCAGCGAAAAGUAUCGACUUGAGGGUUGGUGAAUAAAGCGGAAGUGGCUUUUGUAUAUAAACGAAAAGUGA